CUGCCACUGUGGUUUUUUGGCUUUGACACUUCACUGCCUCACUAACAACAAUAGAAGAAUCUCAAAAAUAUUGCUCUCGAAAAAUAAAAAUAAUAUUACGGAAAAUGAACCUUUUAGACCUGCCACAGACAGUUCUUCUGGAUAUUUUCGAAUGGCUGCCCUACGAUGAGGUGGCCAAGAAGCGAGAAGUUUGCACCAGAUUUAAUUAUGUUGGACAACAAGUACUGAACACAGGAUUCAACAAGAUAAUCCUGGAGCAUGCCAAGAACUUUAAACGGAUCAAAUCCAUGCUGCCACGCCGGGAAUCCGAGCGCAGAAACCACGUCCUGGCCCGCCACUCCGACAUACUUACCUCCAUAGAGACACGCAUCUCGAUGCUCACGAUGACGUACUCCAAGUUUAUUGACCUGAACAUCUGCUGUUUUAUUCCGGGACGUGUUCUAGACGAGAUCAGCAGUAUUCUCCGCCUGCUCAGUACCUCCACCAAGCAGCUACGUCCGCACGAAGUGUUGCAGGAACUGCGCGACAUCUCCUCCAUGGCCAUCGAGCACUUUGAUGAGAAAAUUGCCGUAAACUUCAAGCUGGAGCACCGCAAACAACUAGCAGAGUCCUCGGCGACGGGCGCAAGGCUCGUCGUCUGCGGCACACUGGGUGAUAUCAGCUUUAGCGGCGUCAAGCGCAACGGCGUGAACCGCCCUGGGGAUCAUGCCAUUGUCCAGCAGGCCAUCGUCCAACUGGCAGCUCCCCUCGCCGCCAACAACCAGCAUCAACAGAAUGCGCCCAACAAGGAGCGACUUAACAAACACCUGCACCGACAGCUUCAAGUACAGAGGACUCUUUCGAUGAAAGUUCGCGGCCUAGAGGCGGCGCGAAAGGCGCAAGAUCGACGCCUGCAGGAGGCCCUGGGCAGCAUAACAGAGCUGACAACCCAGGUGUCCGAGCUGAAGCGUCAGCUGGAGGACGUGGUGACCAACCUGCCGAGUGGAGCUGUGAAGCGGCAGGCGGUCGCGAGUGCCGAUUGCCUGGCACCCUCGCUGAAGAAACCCAAGGUCUAGCCUAGGUUUUUUUGUAGUAUACGCAUGUAGCAUAAUGUAUGACUUCUCGAACCAUUUCUGAAAUUCGCCCAUCCUUAUUUUUAAGAACUUGAACUGUAAGCAUUAACUAGCCACGGUGCAGCUUCGAUAUAUCGCGUUAAGAUUUAUUGUUGCACUUGUUACUUAAAUAAUGUAUUACUAAUAUAUAUCUGUAUAUAUAUAAAUACAUUGAACAUAUAGUGAAA